AUGAAUCGGCUGAGGCAUCACUUGCACCUCACCAAUUACUUAAGCCCUAACCAGUAUGGCUUCAGAACCGGUACAUCAACGGUUCACGCACUGGCAGAAAUCAAAAACGAAAUUUAUAAAAAUCAAGGGAACGGUCACCACACGGCGUUUAUCAGCCUCGAUCUAAAAAGCGCCUUCGACACGCUGUGGUGGCCAGCCAUACUCAAUGCGCUGGCAGAAGCUAAAUGCCCAUCGAACAUGUACAGAACAAUCCAGCACUACCUGUCAGACCGAAGCGUCAUAGUCGUCCACAACGGAGGUAUACUCCAGAGGAGGCAGUCCCGCGGAUGCCCACAAGGCUCAUGCGCGGGCCCCCACCUCUGGAACAUAACUUUCAACAGUAUUCUCUCUGCACAGUGGCCGGAGCAUACAAGGGUUAUAGCUUACGCGGACGACGCGGCCUUUAUAGUAAAAGGUCGCACGAGAGAGGAACUACAAGCGAACAGCAAUCAGACCUGCUCCCUGUUCAGCGAAAGAUGCCAGAAGAUAAAAUUAAUAAUAGCGGAAAGCAAGUCACAAAUUCUGCUUUUCCCCAAAAAAGGAGGAACGCUGGUCAGACAGCCUCGCAUUACCAUCAAUGGCCAGCGGAUAAAAAUAGUUAAGCAAUUAAAAUAUCUGGGUCUACUGUUUGAUAAUAAAUUGAACUGGAUCCCACAUGUAAUUGACCUCAAAAAACGUACCGCGACCAUUGCCAAGAACAUGCGGUUAAUGCAGGGUCACAGUUGGGGCCUCAAUCCGCAUAUUCAUAAGAUCAUCUAUCAGACAGUUGCAGAAAAGAUUGUAACGUAUGCGGCGGCUGUAUGGGCCCAGCCGAUGCAAAGCCGUAAAGUGCGGCAUCUUUCAAGUAUACAAAGGCAAUUUAUGUUAAACAUCACGAGGGCCUACCGCACGACAGCAACUAGCGCACUGAACAUUUUAGCAGGUCUCGUUCCCUUCACAUCAGCGCCGAAAGGGAGGCAGUCCUGCAACAAGUUAAGCAACUGCGGCAACCAGCCACUUUAUAUGAAGAAACUUACUGGCCCAGAGAUUAUGAAAUUCCAGCCAAUCCACUUGAGUUUCCACCCAGCACAGCAGCAGAGCGUAGGAGUACGAAUCAACCUCAAAGGGCGACCUGAAGAUAUGAACAGGCACAAUACCCGUAUCUUUACUGAUGGGUCAAAAAUGGAUGACAACGUCGGAUGUGCGUACGUAAUGUUUCAAGGCCAAGAACAGGUCGCGCAAUGGAAGGGCCAUCUUAACAAAAACAACAGCGUCUUUCAAGGGGAGGCACUGGCAAUUCAAAAGGCAGUACAACAUAUUGCUUACCAUAACAUCAGGAAUGCAGCAAUAGUUUCCGACAGCAUGUCAGCCCUACAAGCCAUCCAAAAUCCGGCACACACGUCCACAAUUAUCAAAGAAAUUCAAUACCAUCUAAGGCAGACAGAGCAUCUGCAUGUUCGCCUGGCAUGGACGAAAGCCCACGCAGGAAACACCGGUAACGAGGCAGCCGACCUCCUCGCGAAAGACGCAGCCCUCAACAAAGAAGCGGAGGAAUUGGAAAUUCCAUGGCCACACUCUACUUUGAAACGACAUCUCCAUCUGCAGGCUCUCGCUAAGUGGCAGGAAGAAUGGGACACUGCACAAACAGGCAGGCGUACACACUACCAUCUAAUGUACGUAAACCCUGCCCGGCUAUGUUCUAAUACGCACUUGGUGCGCUAUAUCACGGGCCAUGGGCCUUUCCCGGAGUACUUUGCCAGGCAUGGCAUGACUGACACAGAUCAGUGCAGUUGUGGCCACCUGGGUACUCCGGAGCAUUAUGUCACAACCUGCCCACUUACCAGCGAACUGCACAUACGUAUUCCAACUGUCAAUACGCAGGCCUUCUGUAAAUUCAUGAUUAAGCAGAAGCACCUGUGUCGACAGAUCAUUAAAAUCAUGAAUUUACUUGCCAGACACGGCACUGACCUUUGCGCAGUCGAAUAA